UUUUCCCGUUCACCAGCCAUUUUUGUUUUCCUAUUCUAAACCCUAAAAAACCCUCACCGCAGGGUUUAACGAAUCAGAGCCCUUCGACAUCGUUUUGGUCUUCUUCUUCUUCAUCAUCUCUGUGUUGCGUUAUUCUUCUUCUCAAACUCACUGAAACCCUAAUUUAAAGGGAUCACUGCAAUUUGCAGAUUAACUCCAGAAGUCAGAACCAUUCCUGCUUUAAAAUGAACUCACUCGCCAUCAGAGCCUCGAAGCUUCUGAGAUCUUCUUUAAUAUCUCCUCUUGCAGCAAUAAGUACUGAGAGAGGCUCCAAGGCUUGGUUCUCAACUGGUCCUAUUGAUGAAGGUGUGGAAGAAGAUUUUGAAGAAAACGUAUCAGAAAGACCUGAGCUUCAACCUCAUGGAGUUGAUCCCCGUAAAGGUUGGGGAUUUCGCGGUGUUCAUAGGGCGAUCAUCUGUGGGAAAGUAGGGCAAGCACCGGUACAGAAGAUCUUAAGGAACGGGCGGACAGUAACGAUCUUCACAGUAGGAACAGGUGGGAUGUUUGAUCAGAGGCUUGUAGGAGCUAUCAAUCAGCCGAAACCAGCUCAGUGGCAUAGAAUCGCAGUGCACAACGAAGUGCUUGGCUCUUACGCUGUCCAGAAGCUUGCUAAAAACUCAUCGGUUUAUGUGGAAGGUGAUAUUGAGACGAGAGUGUAUAAUGAUAGUAUCAGCAGUGAAAUUAAGAGUAUCCCUGAGAUUUGCAUCCGUCGUGAUGGGAAGAUUCGGCUGAUCAAAUAUGGUGAAAGCAUUAGCAAAAUCUCUUUCGAUGAGCUAAAAGAAGGAUUGAUUUAGUCGGAGCAAGAAUAUCCCGGUGGCCGUAAGGAGAGCAAACUGAAUCAAAGCUUUUCAGAGUAAAAUCAACAAAACAGUUUCUUUGUUUUUUUUGGUCUGUCCAUUGUGACUUUGUGAGCACUGAGUUCCUUUUUAUGGAUAAUAGGGGCAUUUAUGUAGUUUCUGGUAAAAAUAAGUUAGUCAUGCCGUGGAUUAGUGGAGUUUUACUGAUUCUUCCGGUGUACCAAAACUACGGUUCUUCA